GGGAGCUCUCCGUGCGAUUGGUUGGAAACGGAAUUCACACGAGUGUUACCGCUUUAUUUUCAAGGAAAUUCCACAGCCUUUCGGUCAGAAAUUCCAUAGCCUGAUUGAGAGGAUAAGAAGAUGGUUGCUUCCGUGAGGCCGUGACAGAGGGAGGGAAAGGGGACGCCUCGCCCUUUUGAAAACAAAAUCUCGACUCGGGACCUAUUGCGGUAGGGGCGGAGCGACAAUUCUCGCGCUCGGACCAGCUGCAGCUGCGCAGUCACAUUUCCGUCCCCGCCCCCGAUAAACUGCAGAACGUCUGUCAUGGUGGCCGGGAUGUUAGGUUUGUGCGGCCGCCGCCUUUUGGCGGUGGCGGCGAGGCGAGGGCUCCCGGCUGCCCGUGUUCGCUGGGAAUCCAGCUCCUCCAGGGCUGUGAUCGCCCCGUCCGCUGUGGCGGGAAAGCGGCCGCCGGAACCGACUUUACGCUGGCAGGAGGACCCAGAUCCCGAGGACGAAAACCUCUACGAGAAGAACCCAGACUCCCACGGUUAUGACAGGGACCCUGCUGUGGACCUCUGGAACAUGCGGGUCGUCUUCUUCUUUGGCUUCUCCAUCAUCUUGGUCCUUGGCAGCACCUUUGUGGCUUAUCUGCCUGACUACAGGAUGCAGGAGUGGGCCCGCCGGGAAGCUGAGAGGCUUGUAAAAUACCGAGAGGCCAAUGGCCUACCCAUCAUGGACUCCAACUGCUUCGACCCCAGCAAGAUCCAGCUGCCAGAGGAUGAGGACUGACCGGUUACUGAAAGGGGCUUAAGAAGCACCACCUUCUCCACCCCUUGUCUGCCAUUCUGCCCUCUCUUCAGAGCACCUAAUUAAAGGGACUGAAACUGUGA